UGAUAUUCCUAAAUUGCUCUUCUUAUCACGUCUCUUCAAGGCGUGGUGUUGUUAGGAUUUCAUUUUUUUGCAUUGUUAACCCUCGCACUCCUUUUCUUCUUUGUUUUGCUGUCUCCUUGUUUUUGUUCGUCCGAGGCUCUAAUUAUUGUCCACCCAAAGAAUUGUUUUCGGUCUGAGUAUUUCACAUUAUGGAAAUGGCGUUGCCUGUGUCUGUGUCUGCUAUUGGAUUUGAAGGGUAUGAGAAAAGGCUCGAGAUUGUGUUUUCUGAACCUGGCAUUUUUUCUGAUCCUGAUGGAAAGGGCCUUCGAUCGCUUUCCAGAGCUCAAUUGGAUGAGUUUCUUGGCCCUGCUGAGUGUACGAUAGUUUCUUCACUGUCGAAUGAGUUUGUGGACUCUUAUGUCCUCUCUGAGUCGAGCCUCUUUGUUUAUCCUUACAAGAUCAUUAUCAAAACUUGUGGAACGACGAAAUUGCUUCUUGCUAUCCCGCCUAUUCUGAAGUUGGCGGAAACCCUUUCUCUUUCAGUGCAGUCUGUGAGGUACACCCGUGGAAGCUUCAUUUUCCCCGGGGCUCAGUCGUUUCCUCAUCGUAGCUUCUCCGAAGAAGUUGCUGUCCUCGAUAGCUACUUUGGUAAUCUUGGCUUGGGAAGCCAGGCUAUUGUCUUGGGCCAGUCUGAUGGCCCGCAAAAGUGGCAUGUUUACACUGCUUCGGCUGUUGCAAUGCUGUCAACGAAACCUGUUUACACAGUCGAAAUGUGCAUGACUGGUUUGGAUCACGAGAAGGCCCGUGUGUUUUACAAGAACGAAACGUGUUCUGCUGCUCUCAUGACGGUUAACUCUGGCAUAAGGAAGAUCCUCCCCGAGUCUGACAUCUGUGAUUACGAGUUUGAUCCGUGUGGCUAUUCCAUGAAUUCUAUCGAAGGAGCUGCGCUCUCUACCAUUCACGUGACACCGGAAGACGGUUUUAGUUAUGCGAGCUUUGAAGCUGUUGGAUACGAUCUGGAAGCGGUGAAAGUGUCAACGAUGAUUGAGAGGGCGUUGGGAUGUUUUGAACCGAGCGAAUUUUCUGUCGCUGUUCAUGCUGAUGUUGCUGGUAAGCUGCUCGACCAGAAUUGCUCCCUUGACGUUAAAGGCUAUUGCCUCGGGGAGAAAAGCGUUGAAGAGUUUGGGAUUGGCUGUGGUUCUGUUAUCUACCAGAAGUUUGUUAGGACUGCUUUUGCCUGUGGUUCACCAAAGUCUGUUCUUCAAAGCUGCUGGAAACAGGAGGAUAAAGAAGAAAAGCAGUAGUGUUGAGGGUUUUUCUUUUUCGUUUUGUGUUUUAAGAAGUCUUGUUGUUCAUCCCUGUUGCAUUGAUGUUAUUGUGUUUCUGCUGAAUAAUGUUGUUGUGUGCAGUCCAAUUAGUUGGCCUGUGGACAAGGAAACAGUUUGUGUAUUGCCAUACUGGUUAAGCUUUCUUAUGAAGUCUUGAAUGUUGUUAUGAACAUCAGUUUGUGUCUUU